GUUCUCCAUUGUCCGGUAUCUGUUGUGAAGAGAGCAAGUCAGUUAGAAGUAACGUCUUUCGGAAGAGAGGCUACGCCAUAUUUUGAAGUGGGGUUAUAUAUUUUUUUUUUCUCAUAAAUUGGCCAAUUAAUAUGACGACCGAUACAGCCGUCGAAACACCUAACGAAACGCCAGCACCGGCUGAAAAUAAUACCAAUACAGGUAAUAAUUCGGAAACUGUCAAAACUCCUGCACCGGCUCCCGUUGCUAAACCAACCGUUCACAAAACAGACUACGAGAAAGAUGUUGUGUAUCUCUAUCAGUUCAAUCGUUCACCCACCAUACCAUCGAUAUCACCUUUUUGUUUGAAAGUCGAAACGUGGCUUAGGAUGACAGGUUUGAAAUACGAGAAUGUCGAUCACAAGAUGAGGUUCAAGUCAAAGAAAGGUCAACUUCCUUUCGUGGAGAUAAACGGAAGAGAAAUAGCCGAUUCGGAUAUUAUUAUUAAAGAGUUGGCUAAAAUGUACGAUAAGGAUUUGAAUCAAGAUUUGACCCCCGAUCAACGAAAUAUCAGUCAUGCCUUCAUUUCUAUGCUCAAUAACCAUACUAGUUGGGUUGUCCGUUGGUGGAGAUACAGCCACCCAGGUCAGUUUUUACGUAUAUCUCAGAUGGACGUCAAGCGCACUUUUAACUCCAAAAUGCCCAAAGGGAUUGUCAACUUCUUCUUCCGUAUGUCAUUUAAGAACAACGUGAAACGGGCCAUCGGUCACGGUCUCGGACGUCAUACCGCCGAAGAAAUCUACGAAUUUGGCAAGGCUGACCUGAAGGCAUUGAGCGAUUGUCUGGCCGAAAAACCAUACUUCUUCGGCAACGAACCUCAUCUGCUGGAUUGCGUGGCUUUUGCUAACAUCUGCCAAUUUUACUUCGUACCGUUUGCCGACAUCAAGGAUUUUAUGGAAGGGGAAUGCUCCAAUUUGGUCUCUUUUGUGGAUAGAAUGAAGAAAGCCUAUUGGCCCGAUUGGGACGAAAUGUGCAAGAAUUUGGAAUUGAACACUCAUUUGCCAAAGAAGAAAGAGGAGAAGGAGAAAGAGAACGAAGUAGAAAAGGAGAAAGAUGCCGAAGAUAAAGAGAAAGGUGGAGAAGAGAAGGAAUCGGAAAAGGAGAAGGAGAAGGACACCGAAAAAGAAAAACUGAACGAAAAGGAGGACAUUGAAAAAGAUAACAAAGAAGAAACUGUCGAAAAGGAGACGGUAGAAGAGAAAAAAGACUAAAAUUUAAACAGAAAAAUACAGCAAAAAAAAAAAAAAGGGUUUUAAAGGGUCGAAAAGAUGUCGGAGAAUUUUAGGAGGGCGUAAUAAAUAAAUAAACAAACAUAAAAUAAAAUUAAAAAUAUAAAAAACAAAACAAAAAAAAAAAUUAUAUAUAUUGAGGAUCCUCAAAAGCGUUGGACCAGCACGAUGGAAUUAUAUACAUUAUUGUGAUGGAACCUAUUUCCUUGCAAUCUAUUAUUCUGGUCACAAUAUUUUGUGUAGCAGUCUUUAUAAAAUUUCAAAAAAAAAAAAAAAAAAAAA